AUGUCCGCCCUGCACCCGUCCCUCGCAAAUUGGGACCAGCCCUCUGCGGCCUCCUCCAAGCUCCCGUCAGCCAAGGACAGGUCCGACCAGGCGAAGAAGCCCCGUCACCGCCAUUCGGCCUCCCAGCUCGCUGCCCUCAACGCGCUCUAUGAGAAGAACGAGCACCCGCCGUUGGAGGACAGGACUGCGUUAGCACACCGGCUCGGAAUGGAGACAAAGACGGUCAACUCUUGGUUCCAAAAUAAACGCGCCUCGUCAAAGAAGCGGCACAAAGCUCCCCUCACUCAAUGCGAACUCCCGCCUAUAUCUGCCUUGAUAGCCUCCGUUUCUGCACCCCCCGCACCGCUUGCGCAACAUCAGCUCGUCGACUACGACGAUUACUCGGACGACGAACACUACCACCCAUUAUCGCACCAGCUCGGCUCGCGCUCGCCACCACCGCAGCAUACGCUUUUCUACGCCGGCAAUCCCCAGCACACACAUUUGUUCGAAGGCGAGGGAUCAAUGCCGCGCAAAGCCCGCUCCCGCCCUAGCGCCGCACAGACGGAGGAGCUGAAAAAGUUGUACGAACAGAAAGCGCACCCGACGAAGGAGGAGCGGGAGGCGCUGGGGAACAAGAUCGGAAUGCGCUAUCAAAGUGUCACAAACUGGUUCCAGAACCAACGCAGCAUCGCGAAAAAGCGCGAGGAGGCUGCUGCCGCCAAAGCCGCCGACCGCGACCUCCCGCCCUCGCGUGCCUUCACCCCGACGCUCCUUCCACCGAGCUCCAGCGCCGCGCACCCGUCCCUCGCGGUCCCGCCCGCGACGUCGCACCCCUCAUUAUCGGCGCUUCUCCACCCACCGCGUGCACGCCGCUCACCAAGCGCCGCCCCCAGCAGUCGCCCAGCGUCCCCACGCGCUUCGCCCUACCACACCCCAGCCGAUCGUUCAUUCGAUGGCACCCACCGGCGCCCUCGCCGCACGCGCCCGGAGCCUUACCAGCUCGAGGCGCUCAAGAAGCUGUUCAACCGCACACGCACGCCCACUAUCGAGGAUCGCCACUUACUCGCGGCCGAGAUAGGUAUGGACGUGAACAAGGUCACGAACUGGUUCCGCAACCUCAGGCAGUCAGACCGGAAGCGUGCGCCCCAGAACGGCAGCGCGAGUGCGGAAGAGGACGACGACGGCGACAGCAUGGACAUGGACGACGAUAGGUCGAGCAUGUCCCGCACGGCGACGCCCGGCGUGGGAUCGUCCUCGAGCGUCGAGUACGUCAAGAUCGAGACGGACGACAAACACCACUUCCACCACACGCACCACCGCGGCCCGUACGCGCGCAGUGCCCUUUCGCGCUCCCACUCCGACAUGGGCAGCGACGAAGAUACCCUUCAGGAGGCGGUCACGCCGUCUCCGGAGUCAUCUCCGCCCCCGUCGACUGUUGCAUCUACGUCGAGCCUCGCGCUCCCAUUACCGCACGCGCGGGAGACGAAGGCGUCGCUCGAGCGGUAUCCGUUCGAGUACGCGCAGUACGAGCGCGAGCGGAUGAUGCCCUCGCCGAUGCCUCCCAUGGAGACCGGCGUGAAGAUGGAGGACGCGCUCCUUCUGUUAAGCUUUCAUCACAGUACUGUUGUGCACUAG